CCUGGGAGACAACUAACAGUCACACACCGUCUAAUCAGUAGACAACACACUCUUCUACAAGUUGACAAUUAUUACUGUGUACUAUCAUAACUGUCAACUUUUUAUCUCUUGAAUGUGCUGUUAUUUUAAAAUUAUUUAAUGAAAUAUGUCGUUCAAAAUAUGGUGCAAUUGUUACGCAAAUUUUAUACAAUCCGAUGAGUGAGCUACCUGUAGAGUCGACCUAUUUGUGAAUUGAAAUUAUUAUAAAUCUCCUAUUAUAUGUAUUAACUUUGAUUCAUAUUAUUUGAAUUGAAGGUAUCAUUAAUUCAUGGUGAAGUGAGUUCAACAUAUUAUGCUUGUUUGAUAAGCAGAUGGUUGAUAGUUGAGAAAGGAUGUCGUAUCCUUCCUGGUGGGGUCGCCGCUUAUGCCGCGUGCUGGUGCAAGUUGGGGGGGUGUUGGGCCCCGCCCUAGUUCCCCCCGCCCACAUAGCAGUGCUCUACCACUUCUGGCGCAAGUAUGCGCGCCGUGUCGACAAGCGCUACUGUUCUUGCUCCUGUUGGGACACUGUCUUCAAAGGAUCGUAUGAGAGCGGCAUAGCAUCCUACAAGCAUGUAUACUUCAACGCUACAAAAAACUCAGCCAAAAUAUGGAUUCUAACAGUUAUUUUCAUAAUAGCAUUUUACGAGGCGAUUUGCUAUCUGGCAACACUUCUCAUAAACAGACGCCUGCGUUAUUCAAUGCUCAUUCUUUUCAUAUCCGCCAUUUUCUCACAUUAUUAUUCAUGGUGGAUCUACGUGAACUACUGGAACGACGACUACUAUUCGCAAUGGAACCACCAAAUGGUGUUCACGGUGACCGAACUGGUGUCUACAGUUCUGGUGCUCCUACUGGCCAAUAAGAGCCACGCAUUCAGCCAUUACAAGGCGCUGGCAGUGAGUGUGGUGGGUUUGAGUCACAUCAUUGCCGGUGGCUGGGACCAGUUCGUCUUGAAUGUGGUGCGCGGAGAGGGCAGAUCUCAUCAGAUAGUCAGAGACAUAAACUUGAUGCUUCCCGAUAUUCUUCUCCUGGUGCCAAUUUACGAAAUGCAACGUCACUGCAAUCGGUCUGUCCUCUCCAGUUUAUUCUGUGGAGCAACACCCAACGAUCUCAAAAGGGAGGGCUUGCUAGUGUUCCUCUUUGUUAUCUUCGCAUUUUUUAUCUGUUCACUUUUUUGACCCGAACAAUUUUCUUUCCAUGAUAUGACACAGUUACCUUACCAAUACCUUCGAUCUAAUAAGUGAUCAUAGAGACAACAAUUUCUAUGAGUCCAUGAAAAUAUAUAAGAAAAGUCAGUAUUUAUAUAUUCCAUUUUUCACAAGCAAAAAAUAAAAAAAGGAUUAAUGAAAACACAAAUUUAAAUUUUCAACCACUUUUACACAAAUGUAAGGUUAAAAAAAUAUUCUUUUUUUUUGUAUGGGGAAAAGGAAAAUAAGUUGCAUGAAUAUCAAACUGACACUCAAUAAUUUCAACUUCAAGUUCUCCAUAGCCGAGAAUCUUAAACAGAAGACUGUUUUAAGGUAAAGACUUCUAAUGCAAAUAAAUUACGAUUUUUUUGAACGGUAGAGGAUCACAGAGUGCCUUAAAGUACCGUACCGGUAGGUUCCUUAAUAAAUUCAGUAUAGAACAAUAAAUAUUGCAUUUGAAAAAAUAAAACUUGGAAUAGGAGAGCUUUUUAAAGAAGAAUAGCCUACUUGAAAGUAGAUUAGGUAGCGUACUCAUGUUUUUCUCAUUAUAACAGAACGGUAAUACAAAGCCAAAAAUUGAAAGAAUAAGACGUUGAUGUUGUCAAUACCACUAUAUAAAUUACCACAAUUUUUUUGUACACAAUGUGAAAAAUAAAUAGAUAAAUAAUUAUUCUUUCAAUUAUGGAGAAAUACCACAACAUCUCGUAACAUACUAUCAAAUUAUUAAAGCCAAAAAUAGUUAUAAUCUUGACGAAUUUAUAAAUCUGUGAUCGCCAAAGAUUUUUUAUUAAGAUUAUUGAAGAAGUUGUUCUUAAAUAAUAUUAGUAUAUAUUAUUUUUGUUUUCAAGUUUAUUAUAACAACUGUGAAGAUGUUUGGAUUAGUGAUAACAAAGAAAAUUAAAUUGAGUAUAAUUACUGUAAUCAAAAUUUUCCUUUCAUAUUUUUAUUCAGCUUCAUCUACUGCAAGUUGAAAACUAAAGUGGUGCUAUUUUCUGGUAGAUGAAUAAACCCUGUAAACGUAUCUAUCAUGUGUAGCCCCUGACAUUCCACAAAUACAAAUUGUUAGUACAUACAUUUUUCUAUCGAUAAAUGGACCAUGUUCUCACCUAUCAGUGAACAACUUGGUCAAGUACCACACAAAAAUCAAUAUUUUCAUAAUAUGCUUCAUUUCAUGUAAUUAUUUUAAAAUGCCAAGCAGCAUAGCAGUCUUCAUUAAUCUUCAAGAGUACCUUCAUCUUGAAGGAUUCAUAGUUUUCUUCCAAUCAAAAUAACUCAAUCAAAUUCAGAAGCUUUGGAUAUGAGAUAUUUUUAUAGAUACCAUUAAUAACCCACCGAAUAUGUAGUUAAUUUUAGUAUUAAGGCUUUUGGUGUGAUAGUUAUAAAUUUUUACGUUCGUUACAGUAGAAAAUAAUGUAAAUA